AUGACUUCGACGGCUACGUUCACGCAAAUGUCCACUCGCACGGAUGGCAGGUCCACCGUGCAUAGCCACUCGAUCGACCAUUGGUCACCAACACGCGACCGAUUUUCACUGCGCCAUCAUUACUCAUCACCUGAUAAAUACUCGCCAAACAAAAGGCAGCAUUGCGACAGCGACCGGGACUACCCUCGAGAAGAUGCUGCUCUUCAUGUAAUCCAAAAUCGCGCCAUAGCGAGGCUGAGAUCGUCUACUGCGAGUGCCAUCUCAAGGGAUUCUAUCAGUAGUUACCAGUCACGUACGUACAAUCCCAAUAACCCUAUUGACAAAAAAAGCCGGUCCAGAGCCGAUUUCGAGAUACUGGAAAUUCGAAACUAUCCGCUUCCGCGUAUGAAGGAUAUCAGUGCGACUAUAUGUUGCCGGUUUCCUAAGGAAGAGUUCAAUCUUGGAACGAUCAUAAAGGCUCCCAUUCAUGAAGAAGACUUCAAGUGGACACCUCGGCCCCUGUCAGUGGAAGCGUCGGAAACCGCCGAUGAACAAGGAAGAUACUCUCACUCCGGAAUGUCAACACCACGGACUACACCCAACAAAAGGCGGCACAUCACCUUUUCAAAUUGGAACGAUCCAAUCUAUACAGAAAUGCGUUUCAUGAUUGUCGUAGCCUUGUUUUACGACCACUAUCUCGCCAUUCCUCUUUACACUCACGGAGGCAACGGUCUCGCUCACAAAGAUAAUAAAUGGGAGUACGCAUCCAUCGAGGAUUACCGCGAACCAAGGUCUCUUCAGGAGGCUGGGUUUCUGCUGCAUACCGAGUACCUGAAGCCCGAUUUCUCGCGCAAAUACACUUUGCCAGUCGCGCCUCAAGGGCGUCUGCGAGAAGACUCAAAGAACGUUCUUGUGAAACUCUUUGGCCAAUACAUGCUGGGAAUGAAGCCUGAGUAG